AUGACAACAAUCCCUUCUAUGAUUCCUUCUCCACAACAAACUAAAAAUUCCAUUGACAUGCGCCCAAUAUACAUCCCCAAUUAUAUCCCUAACCCUUAUUAUGUUCGCAUUUUUGACACGACACUACGCGAUGGGGAGCAGUCUCCCGGGGCUGCAAUGACACCCCAGGAGAAGCUUGACAUCGCACGCCAGCUCGCAAAGCUUGGCGUGGAUGUCAUAGAGGCAGGAUUCCCUUGUUCGUCUCAAGACGAAUUCAAGGCUGUCAAGAUGAUAGCCGAAGAGGUCGGAAACGAUGUUGGUGACGAUGGAUAUGUUCCGGUUAUUGUUGGUAUUGCUAGAUGUAAUCAGAAGGAUAUUGAAACUGCAUGGGAGGCUGUUAAACAUGCCAUGAGACCAAAGAUUAGCACGUUUAUUGCUACAAGCCCAAUUCAUAUGGAGCAUAAGUUGGGUAAGAGCAAGGAAGAGGUUCUUGAGAUUGCAUGCAAGAUGGUGAAGUUUGCUAGAAAUUUGGGUUGCCAUGACAUACAAUUUGUUCCUGAAGAUGCUACCAGAUCAGAGAGAGAUUUUCUUUAUCAAAUUCUUGGAGAAGUUAUCAAGGCUGGGGUUACAACUGUGGCCAUACCUGACACUGUUGGCAUAACAAUGCCAUGGGAGUAUGGAAGAUUAAUUGCUGAUAUAAAAGCCAAUACCCCUGGAAUUGAAAAUGUUGUUCUUUCAACACAUUGUCACAAUGAUCUUGGACUUGCUGUUGCUAACACCUUAGAGGGUGUACGUGUUGGUGCAAGACAAUUAGAAGUUACAAUUAAUGGAAUUGGAGAAAGGGCAGGUAACGCAUCAUUAGAAGAGAUUGUGAUGGCCUUAAAAUGUAAGAGAUAUGAUCAAUUUGAUGGAUUAUACACAGGAAUCAACACACAACAAAUAUUAAAGACAAGCAAGAUGGUCGAAAAGUACACUGGUAUGUAUUUACAACCGCACAAGGCUCUUGUUGGUGCUAAUGCAUUUGUUCAUGAAAGUGGCAUUCAUCAGGAUGGAUGGUUAAAACAUAAAGCUACAUAUGAAAUAAUACUUCCAGAGAGUAUUGGGAUUAGAAGAUCUAAAGGUGAUGGUUAUGUAUUAGGAAAGCUUAGUGGAAGAGCUGCCUUAAGAAAGCGUCUUGAAGAGCUUGGUUUUCAACUUAAAGAUGAUGAAAUUAACAAGGUGUUUUUCAAUUUCAAAGCCCUAGGUGAUAAGAAAAAGAGAGUUACUGAUGAAGACCUUAGAACAUUAGUAUCAAAUGAAGUUACCCAUAUAGAACCUAUUUGGAAACUUGGUGACUUACAGGUAAUUUCUGGAACAUUAGGUUUUCCAUCAACAACAAUCAGACUCAUUAAUAUGAAUGGAAGCACACAUGUUGCAUGUUCUAUUGGUCAAGGAUCAGUGGAUUCGGCAUUAAAAGCAGUUAAUUUUAUUGUGAAGGAACCCAUAAAACUUGUUGAAUAUUCAGUCACUACAAUAAAAAAUGGGAUUGAUGGUAUUGUCACCACAUAUGUUGUCAUUUGUAGAGAAAACAGCAAUUAUGAAUCUACUUCUACCUUAUCACAAGAAAAUGUUCAUCCAACUUUUAGUGGUACUGCAGCAGGAACAGAUGUAGUUGUUUCAAGUGUUGAGGCUUACAUUGCUGCAUUAAAUAAGUUGUUGGGUUCUAAAGAAUAA